AUGGAUCGCUGUUGUUUAACUUGCCCACACGCUACAAGGACAACCGCGUUAGCAGCAUGAGCGCACACAUUAGAUAGCAGCUAUGACAAACACACAGCUAUGCAUGACUUAAACUCCAAGUAGUCAGUCACUUCGCGGCCGUUUGUGUUAAAGCUGUGUUUUGGCGGCGACAAGCUAGCUAGCAGCUAAUUGUAGCGCACUUAGGAGCCUCUGUUUGGAGCCUGUGUUCCUGACUAGUGGACUGUGUUCAUCAUUUGAAGUUGACAGCAACCUGCCCGGCAAAGAAGUAGGAGCCAUGGUGUUCAUCAAGAGCUACUGUGAAGCAAAUUCUUCCAUCUCCCACACUUGGCUGGAUGAAGGCAUCUCUCCUUGCUUCUUCUUCACCCUGGUCCCCACCACCCUCCUCACCAUCGCCUUCUUCCUCGGCACCAUCCACCGGAUAUUCUACCAGAAGUAUGGCACCACAAUGGAGCCCAAGUUCAUCCCACGCUCCCGGCUCUAUGGUUUCCAGCAGGCGCUUUCCAUUCUUCUCCUGUUGCAGUUUUUUGGUGGAAUGGUGUGGAAAGCCGCCACUGCAAAAGAACUCCCAGGCUAUGAGGUGCUGUAUGGCUGCUUUUCUCUGCUGGGCUGGGUUUGGGCUAUGGCCACGCUCAGGGUGGAGAGACGGAGGGUCCUGAUAAUGGACCGAACACGGGGACACAGUGCUGUCCUGCUGCUGUUUUGGGCCGUGGCUUUCUCAGCUGAGAACUUAGCCUUCAUCUCCUGGUACAGUCCUCACUGGUGGUGGGGCUUCGAGAACAAUGAGCAACAGGUGCAAUUUGCUCUGUGGCUGAUGCGCUACAUCUGCACCGGGCUGCUCUUCUUCAUUGGUCUCAAAGCACCAGGGUUGCCACGGAGACCUUACAUGCUACUAAUAAACGAGGAUGAGCGGGAUGUGGAGAACAGCGGACAGAGCCUGUUGGGGAGAACUGAAGAGAAUGAAUCUACCUGGAAGGAUUUCUGGAAGAAGGUCCGUCUGCUUGUUCCCUACAUGUGGCCCCGGGGUAACAUCUUUCUCCAGCUGCUGGUCAUCUUCUGUUUGGGGAUGCUGGGAGUCGAGAGGGUUAUUAACGUCUUUGUACCCAUUUACUACAAGAAUAUUGUAAAUGAGCUGACUGAUGGCAGCAGCUGGCCCACUCUGGCCACUACAGUGUGUAUUUAUGUCCUGCUAAAGUUCAUGCAGGGCGGAGGAGCAGGCGCCUCAGGGUUUGUCAGUAAUAUGCGCUCAUUCCUCUGGAUCCGGGUGCAGCAGUACACCAAUCGAGUGGUUCAGGUGCGUCUGUUUGCCCACUUGCACUCCCUCUCUCUUCGCUGGCACCUGGGUCGCAAAACCGGGGAUGUGCUAAGAAGCAUCGACCGUGGCACCACUUCCAUUAACAGCUUACUCAGCUACAUAGUGUUCAGCAUCUUUCCCACCAUCGCGGAUAUUGUCAUCUCUAUCAUCUACUUCAUCACUUACUUCAAUGCCUGGUUCGGCCUGAUCGUCUUCGUCUGCAUGGCCUUGUACCUCACUCUGACGAUCAUCAUCACUGAAUGGAGAACCAAGUACAGACGAGACAUGAACCUGCAGGACAACGCCGCCAAGUCCAAGGCUGUGGACUCCUUGUUAAACUUUGAGACGGUGAAAUACUACAAUGCAGAAAACUAUGAGGUCAGCCGUUUUGAAGAUGCCAUCUUAAAAUAUCAGGCUUCAGAGUGGAAGACACAGGCAUCCCUGGCCUUCCUCAACCAAACACAGAACCUCAUCAUCGGAUUGGGCCUGCUGGCUGGCUCCCUGCUCUGCGCCUACUUUGUCACCGAGGGCAAGUUUCAGGUUGGAGAUUUUGUACUCUUCGGCACCUACAUCAUCCAGCUGUACACCCCCCUCAACUGGUUUGGAACCUACUACAGAAUGAUCCAGAAUUCCUUCAUUGACAUGGAAAGCAUGUUCAAACUUUUUGAAGAGGAGGAAGAGGUUAAAGAUGAAGUAAAUGCAGGAAAUCUUCUCUAUAAACUGGGGAAAGUGGAGUUCGAGAAUGUUUACUUCAGCUACACAAAUGGCAAGGAGAUUCUCAACGAUGUGUCCUUUACUGUUCUUCCAGGACAGACGGUCGCACUGGUGGGACCGUCGGGAUCUGGGAAGAGCACCAUCAUUCGACUGCUCUUCCGUUUCUAUAAUGUUCAGGGCGGGUGCAUUCGCAUUGAUGGCCAGGAUAUAUCAAAAGUGAAGCAGACGUCUUUGCGAGCUCAUAUCGGCGUCGUUCCCCAGGAUACCGUGUUGUUCAACGACACCAUCCGGGAUAACAUUCGCUACGGUCGCAUCUCUGCAAGUGACCAGGAGGUGGAGGAGGCUGCUCUGGCUGCUGAUAUCCACGAUAAAAUCAUGGCCUUCCCUGAAGGUUAUGAUACGCAAGUGGGUGAAAGAGGUUUGAAGCUGAGUGGAGGAGAGAAGCAGAGGGUUGCUAUCGCCAGAACCAUCCUCAAAGCACCGCAGAUCAUCCUGCUGGACGAGGCCACAUCUGCGCUGGACACACAAACUGAACGCAACAUCCAGGCCUCCCUGGCUAAAGUCUGUGCCAAUCGUACCACAGUCGUCGUAGCUCACAGGUUGUCCACCAUCAUCGGAGCAGACCAGAUUUUGGUCAUCAGUGAAGGCAGGAUUGCUGAGCGAGGACGACACGAGGAAUUGCUGCUCAAGGGAGGCAUGUAUGCAGAAAUGUGGAUGAAUCAGCAGCAGGCUCAGGACUCGGAUUCCUCAUCAGAGACAGAAUCCAAAGAUCGCAAAUCUGAGAAACUACAGCCACCAUCAACUUCUACGGGCCACCAUGGGCACUGAAUGUAUUGAUUGUUGUAAAAUUUUACAUUUCUACUCUCCUUUUUAAUUGUAAAAUGCUGGUAGAUUAUUUCAAUGUGCUAGCAAGGUGACAAUGUUAUUUAUUUGUAGUUUUUUUUUCAACUGAAUGUGCAAUGGCAGGUCAUGAUGAAAAGGGAAGGUGCCUUAAUCAAACUGAAGAGAAGUUAACACUAUGUCCAGGGCAUACUUUAUGUCCCAUAGUUCGGAUUAUACACAAGGUUUUGGUGUCGGGACGUGAGCAAACUAUCACCACUAGAGAAAAGACAGAUGACGGUACAGUUUGACGUAAGCAAGCUGAGUUAAAAGGCCAAAGAAUGAACAGGAGUGCAUCUUAUCUCAUGCUUUCAUCAGAGUGACUGAGUUUUUAAACUUUUAUUGCUUCUAAGAUUAUUAGAAACGCUCCUACCACAAAUUUAAUAUUGUUUAUAUGUAUGUUUUUAUAUUUGAUGUUGAUUUUUGUUAGGUUUGUGUUGGCUGUGACACAAAAGGGAAAUAGAAAACUCUAAUCGCAGUCUCGGCACUGAAUGCUGAUGAUUCUGUCCGUCCGAACAAUAUAUACGAGUGACAAUGGGUCAUUAUACAAGCUGUCAGGGAUUUAGUUUUGUUUUUUUCAGCUUUUUGGUUGUUCAAUCGUGGGCUAUGCUGUUAUUUAAAGUGUUACUUCAUUUAAGAAAUGCUCAAGCAUCUGUACGCCCUCAAUCACCAAAAUGGGGUAUGUUGACUGAUCUGUGUGUCUUUUAAAUUUGGAAGAACUUAAACGUAUAUGACAAGUAAUAAAUUUUGUUCUAGAAACACUUACCUAUGUCUAAAGUUGUACAGUCCACAAACCUUUCACACGGCAGACAUUUUGACUUGUCAGAACCAAGUUAUUAUCCAUGUUUUUACUAAAUUAACAAAUCAGAACGUCUGAAUAAACAAAAAGAUAUCCCAUUAACUUUACUCCCCAUUCAGUAAUAACACCAAUUUGUUUCACUCGAUGUAUUAUUCAAGUAUAUAUAUAGUCAAAUACACAAUUUCUGAAAAAGAGUCAUUUGCUGUCUUAUAUCUACCUCACAAAAGGUACCAUGAUUAUACAGUAAAUAUUAAGUUUGGUCUUGUACCUAUGAACAAUAAAGGUUUUUUAAUGUGUUUCAGUCUGUGAACUUAAACCAUUUUCAAUUGAGUUUAGAUUUUUAGGACGUUACAUUAGUGAUAGUUGCAGGUUUUGCAUUUUAAUUGGACUGAGAAUGUGGACUGAACUGCACGUUUGUGUUUGGAAUCAAGAGUCUAUUUACAUCUAUUGUCAGUGAUCUGAUACCUGUAGGUAAAACUGUGUGUGUGCUGUAAUGCUCUGAUGUCAGUGGGUGGACAGUAGACUCCCUAUUCCAAUUAUUUUAAGGGGAUAAAUUAGUGAUGAUUCACAGAAUUCAAGUAUGAGUCAAUAAAGGUGGUGUUUCAUUAUAUAUAAAGUCUCCCUAGCAAAUAUGUGACCUUUUUUUUAAACUGCUGAUUCUGCAUUGUACAGUGCCAGCAAUUUUGCAUCAAUAAAACUGUUCGACUUG